UCACCGUGGUGGACGAGAAGGGCCAGCAUUGAACACAAUGUUAUGUGUUUGGUAGCUCUGAACCAACUGUCGACGCUGUCGACUGCGAACAGCUGUAUAGUGGACGAUGGAAUUUGACAUUUUGUUGAGGUUUAGGUGCACUGCAAUUAUUAGAAAUCUGCGGCAGUGACUGUUCGAAAUGUUUUUUCUGAGAUGGUUUGGUUACGUAAUUAAUUUUUCUAUUAUAUUUUUGAAUUUAAGUGUUGUAUAUGGGGUACGUAAAUAUGAGCGAAAGGAUUUACUAAGCCUAAGGGAAGAGGUCCGUCAAAUGUUUCAGCAUGCGUAUGACGGUUAUUUAAAGUAUGCAUAUCCCUAUGAUGAAUUGCGGCCUUUGAGUUGUGAUGGAGUGGAUACAUGGGGAAGUUAUUCGUUGACACUUAUUGAUGCCCUUGAUACAUUGGCUGUGAUGGGAAAUUACUCUGAAUUUCAACGAGUUGUUGAUAUAAUCACAACAAAUGCAAAUUUUGAUGCCAACAUCAAUGUUUCUGUGUUUGAAACAAAUAUACGCAUAAUUGGUGGCCUACUGAGUGCACAUCUACUGUCUUACAGAGCAGGUGUGGCUGUUCAGAAAGGAUGGCCAUGCAACGGGCCGCUGUUACAGCUGGCUGAGGAUGUUGCACGGCGCCUAAUAGCAGCAUUUGAUACGACAACAGGCAUGCCAUAUGGCACCGUGAACCUUCGGCAUGGUGUUCCAGCUGGUGAAACAAGCAUCACUUGUACAGCAGGAGUUGGAACUUUCAUCUUGGAAUUUGGAACCCUUUCAAGACUCACAGGGGACCCGUUGUUUGAAGAGGUUGCUAUAAAUGCAUUAUAUGGCUUGUAUCAUCACCGCUCACCAAUUGGCCUAGUUGGCAACCACAUUGAUGUCCAGACAGGACGUUGGACAGCUCAGGAUGCUGGAAUAGGGGCAGGUGUUGACUCGUAUUAUGAAUACCUGGCCAAAGGUUCCAUAUUGCUUCAGCGUCCAGAACUCAUGCAUAUGUUUAAUGAAGGGCGCAUAGCCAUUGAAAAGUAUCUGAAGAGAGAUGACUGGCAUCUCUGGGUGUCUAUGACCAAGGGCCAAGUCACAUUACCUGUGUUCCAGUCUCUAGAAGCCUACUGGCCUGGAGUUCUGAGCCUUGUAGGUGAUGUGAAUAAAGCAAUAAAGUCUCUCCACAACUAUCAUCAGGUAUGGAAGCAGUAUGGAUUCACUCCUGAGUACUACAAUAUUCCGCAGGGAGAAGCAGGAACAAAUCGUGAAGGGUAUCCUCUACGUCCGGAGCUAAUAGAGUCAGUAAUGUACUUAUACAGAGCCACUGGUGAUCCAUAUCUACUGGAAGUUGGCAAAGAUAUCCUCCGUAGCAUCCAGCACAGUGCCCGCACAUCCUGUGGUUAUGCUACAAUUAAAGAUGUUCGGGAUCAUCGAAAAGAAGAUCGUAUGGAGUCUUUCUUCUUGGCUGAGACCACAAAGUAUCUCUACCUGCUGUUUGAUACAGACAAUUUUAUUCAUAAUCGUGGCCAGCAUGGCACGGUGGUGAACACUCCAUGGGGUGAAUGUGUCAUGGAAGCCGGGGGUUACAUAUUUAACACUGAAGCUCACCCAAUUGAUCCUGGUGCUCUCCAUUGCUGCAGUGAACAUCGCAUAGCUGAUGUUCAGAAUAUGAUGACAAGUCGAGAUUAUGGAACUUUGAGGGGUGAUCCAUUAACUGUUAGUCAUAAAUCACUGCAGGCUGACCAAUCAAAGAAAGAAGAUAAAUCCAGCUCUGAGCAUCUACACAUGGAGAAACAAACAGUGCCUCCAAUUCCUUCAUACACACCAGAAAAUAAAGCUCCAGACUCCGCUGAAGACGUCAAACAAUUUAAAAAAACACAAGACCAUGUUGAAAGACUUCUGUCAGACAUGGGCGAUGCUGUUGAUGUUAUACGUGCAUCCACACAAAAUGACAAUCAGCUUCAAGAAGCCAAAGAAACAUCUUACAGUAAAAGCGAACAGUAUAAUAAAACUGUACCAACUAUCAGCAUAUUUGACAGGACGUCUGAAGAUUUCCCAGUUGAAUUAAAUUCAAAUGUACUGGAAGGGAAUGUGAGUAUGUCAGAAGGUAAAGUAAAGAGUGAUAAAGUGAUGGAACCUGAACUCAUCAAGGGUCAGGAGAACAAGCCCGUGAUUCCAGCAGCAGGGACAGAUGAUUUUCUGGAAUAUCGAGCAGAUGACAGCGAUAGGGUAUAUGCUGUGAGGAACUAUGAAGAAGGAGCACGUGAUAAUGAUGAAGACAGAGAUCCAGAGAAGUUAUAUGAUGGGAGUUCAGUGCAGCAUAAUUUUUCUGAUCAAGCAGUGGCAGCUGACUCUGGAGAAAUAACAGUGGAAUCUGAGAUACGAGCACAAUCAGGGGAUCAUACAACUGAAGAGGAAAUGACAGAUACGCAGUCUGGGUUCCCAGAAUUGAUGAGGCACUUCCUGUUGAUGGCAGCAGCACCAGCAAAACCUCGGUUUGAUCCUCAGUCAUUACUAGAAAGAAUACGUUCUGAAGCUAAAUAUAAGAACAAUGCAACAUGGGAACAGGACUACCAGCUACUGUCUUGUGCUGCUCAGCCAUUUCUGCAACGACUGUCAAUGUCUGGGGAAAUUUUUGAUUCAUCUUAAUAUCAGCUGUAGGGAGAAUACCAGCAAAUGUAUUAACUUAAAUCAAAUAUUGAUGAAAAAUAAAUGUUACAGUGGAAUCCUGGA